CUUCUAUUUCUACGCUGAGGAGGAGAAAGGGGAUUACAAGAACCCUAACUCCAUUUCCACCCAAACUUCAAUCUUUCAUAACUUUCAAUCCAAAGCUCCGAUUGACGAGUCGUCAGCAGCCACGCGUUCAUCUUGGAAUUCUCUAUAAAACCCAUUCAAAAAUUUGAACAGAGAAGCUUGAGGUGCUGCGGUAAUAGGGAGGAAUCGGUCAAGGUAUGGUUUUGGUUUCUCGUAGAUAAUAUAUAAUGUUGCGUGAAAACUUAGCCUAGUUGACCAUAGAGAGUCCUGCCAUACUACAAAUUUCCAUCAAAUGCAACAACCACUUUCAUCAGAGUCAUGUCAUAUUCAAAAGUAUAAAUAAUUAUGUCUUCAUUUUUACAUGGGAGUAGUAGCUAAAUCCAAGUACUUUUAGCCAUUCAUUUAUGCAUAAUAUUAUUCAAAUUCACUAAAUUUUCUUAAGUGUAUGAGAUGUACAGUUGAAGAAAGUUGUGGCUUAUCAAAUAAUAAGUGAAAGGUGGAUGAAUACUGUAAUAGUCAUUGGACAAGCAUGGCAAACACGACAGUUAGCAGUUUUGUAACAGCAGAAACAAAUUACCACUAUGGACUCAAGGACUCUCUACCUACAGAUAUGGGACCAAUUGCAUAGACAAUGUUAGUGGAAGAAUCACCCAACACUAUACAUAGUACAAAUAAAAUCUCUCACAGAUCAAGUACUACUAAUGUAGAGGCUAUCUACAUUAAUGGAAAUUACAGAAUAAAUACAAGGGAGGAAUGUCAAAUUUUGGGAAACAAUCGGCUAGCACAAGGUACAACAUUAAGUGGAUGAAACCAUAUUAUUUAGAUUCAGUCGUUACCAUUACUUUUACCAAGAGCAACUAACUGGGCAACAUGUUUACAUCAUCAGAUCUCGAGAGACAUUUUAGGAUGGAACUGAUAUUGAAAUUAGUAAAGAAAAGAAAAUGCCUAGGAACUGCUCACCAUCAACGUAAACUUAUAAGGGAAUUUAAUUUACUAAAGUCGAUUAAAGUGAUAUUUUCAAAGAAAACAUCAUCAGAGUGUUGCAUAUGAGUUAUAUAGUACAAUUUAGAUAAAUCGAUUAGGAUAAAUCAUAAAUAGAAUGUUAUAUACCAAAACAUGGUACAUAACUCAUAGGAAAUAGCAUUAACCGCUCAGUUUAUGCUUAAAAUUUACACUUUUUGAUAAGAUGUUUAUAAAAUUUUAUACAGCCUCUCCAAUAAUGUUUACAAGUCCCCUAACAGAUGGAUUGAGCCAACAAAUCUGCUCUAUCACUUAAUGUAAUCAAUGGACAGUAAACAAAUAUGCUCUAUCACUUAAUGUGUAUAGAAUAGAAGAGGGAUAUGUAUUAUUCACCAUCAAGGUAAACUUACAAUGAAAGAUAUUUGACUAAACUAGAGAUGCAUGACCGCUAAUGAAAACAUAUAAGGAGAGUAUAUCAUAUAAGUUAUAUUGUACAUUUUUUUCCUAAGGGAUUAGGUUAAAUCAAACAUGUACAUUUAUAACGAAUUAGAUUCCAAAAUGCAUAGGAGAUAGCAUUAACCUCUUAGUCUAUGCUUAAAUUUACACAUAUCGUCAACAUGUUCAUUCAUUUUUUGCAACAUCUCUAAUAGCCAAUACAAGUCCCCUAACCGAAGGAUUGAGCCAACAAAUGUGCUCCAUCUGUUCAGGUAAUUAAUAAACUGAAAUAAAAAAAAUAUAGGUUAGUGUAUAUAAGUAUAAUAUAUGAAGAUACAUUGGUUUGUGCAUGGAAUAUAAUGUGUGUGGAAGAAGAUUAUAGAAGAUUCAAUUCAGAAGAUAAGGAAAAUCAUUUACAGGGCGUGGCAUGUAGAAUGUGUAUGGAGCAACAAGAUUUGAAUGGGAGCUUACAAAACUAUAUACAAACCAAUCAUCAUUGUACUAAUUUGCGGCCAAAAACUAAUUUUGGUAUAAAAUCUAUGCCAUCAAGAGAGGCAACAAGACUUGCUAGGGAUGAAAGAGCACUCAAAUUAGCUAACAAAAAGCUGGCCAGAGUAGCUCAGACACAAAUAGGGACAAACUUUACAAUUACAGUGGAUAGAACAGCGCUGAGCUGCACUUCUACGAAAGGGGAGUCAUUGUCAGAAUUACUUAUUGAUAAAGCAAUUUUAGUUGACAUAAUUAAUACAUCACCUGAUGACAUGCAAUGGAACACGCAAAUACAAGAGGAAAGGAGAGCUGCUAGAAGGGAUAAAAGGCAAAAAAUGCAAAGAACAAGACAAACUGAAGAUUCACCUAUCGAGCUAGGAAUUUCAGGAACACAAAGAACUAUGCAGCUGAAAAAAAUGAUUACACCAGAAAGAGCGAAUACAUGCACAUGGGUAGCGCAUUUUAUGAGUGUGAACACUGCAAUGUGUUUUUUUUUGUAUGAUGAGAGGUUAAACAAAAGCUACAACUCAAUUGAACCAAAAUUCAAAUUAUGUUGUAAUGGAGGAAAGGUUCAACUUCCACAACUACAAGAAGCCUCCAAAGUGCUAUAUGAGUUGUUGUUCAAUAAUAGUACAAAGAGCAAGUAUUUCCGAGACAAUAUAAGAUCUUACAAUAGCAUGUUCCAGUUUAUAUCAAUGGGUGCGAAGAUAGACCGUGGUAUAACUACUUUUAGAGGCCCACCUACAUUUAUUCUUUCCAGUGAGAACUAUCACCUAAUGAGUAGUCUAAUACCACCAGCAGAAAACUGUCCCAAAUUUACACAACUAUAUGUCUUUGAUACUUAGAAUGAGAUUCAAAAUCGCAUGGCCGCUAUUCGGUAAGUAGCACAACCAUAAUAUCAUACUGUUGAUGUAUAUUAUUUAGAAUGUCUAAAAAUAACCACUACAAUGUAUUGAUCA